GUAUCUAAUAAUAUUUGAUUUUGUGGAACCAAUGUCUACACAAUCCUUAUAGCCACAUGCAACAAGAAAAAAAGAAUAAAAAACCAUCAAAAUUGUUUCAUUAAAACAGUUUCAUUGAAACAGUUUUGGCGUUAUUGUUACACUGUCACACACACCCCAUUUUGUGACCAUGUUUUGUUUCAAAGAAAUUGCAAAACGUGAAGAGUUAUACACAAAUCUAUUGCGAGUAUAUGCACAAGAUUCAAACUUUCUUAAAGGAAAAGCAAUUCACGCUCAUUUCAUCAAAGGGUAUAUUCCUUUUACUCUUUUUCUUCAAAACCAUUUACUCAACAUGUAUAUUAAAAUUGGACACUUUACUUCUGGACUCCAACUGUUUGAUGAAAUGCCUGAUAGAAAUGUGGUGUCAUGGUCUGUUGUCAUGGCUGGUUGCAUUCGUAAUGAUUGUGCUUCCGAAGCUCUUUCUUUGUUCAGUCGUAUGCACCGUGAGGGACUCACCAAACCAAAUGAGUUUACUUUUGUUAGUGCUCUUCAAGCUUGUUCGUUAACCGAGAAUGAGAUGCAGGCUUAUCAGAUUUAUUCGUUAGUUGUUCGGUCAGGACUUGAGUCUAAUGUCUUCUUACUCAAUGCGUUUUUGACCGCCUUAGUUAGGCAUGGUAAAUUGACAGAAGCCUUGCAGAUUUUUGAGACAAGUCGUAUUAGGGAUAUUGUGACGUGGAAUACUAUGAUGGGGGGUUAUCUGCAGUUUUCUUGUGAACAGGUUCCGGUAUUUUGGCGUUACAUGAUUUGUAAGGGUGUAAAGCCGGAUGAGUUCACUUUUUCUAGUGCCUUAACGGGGUUUGCUGCGAUAUCCUAUCUUCAAAUGGGAAUGCAAGUUCAUGCACACCUUGUUAAAAGUGGUUAUGGGGAUGACAUUUGUGUAGGGAACGCUUUAGUUGACAUGUAUAUAAAAAAUCAAAAGUUGGAUGAGGGUUUCAAAGCUUUUGAUGAGAUUCCUAACAAAGAUGUAUGCUCUUGGACACAAAUGGCCGAUGGAUUUUUACGGUGGGGGGAACCUAGUAUGGCACUUGCAGUCAUUGCACAAAUGAAAAAAAGAAGUGUCAAGCCAAAUAAAUUUACCUUGGCAACUGCCCUAAAUGCUUGUGCUUGUUUGACUUCGUUGGAGGAAGGGAAACAGUUUCAUGGCUUGAGAAUCAAACUUGGAAGUGAUGUUGAUGUUUGUGUUGAUAAUGCUCUUCUUGAUAUGUAUGCAAAAUGUGGAUGCAUGGAUAGUGCAUGGACCCUUUUUCGAUCAAUGAAUUCUCGUUCUGUUAUUUCAUGGACAACAAUGAUAAUGGCGUGUGCACAAAAUGGCCAAUCCAGAGAAGCUCUUCAAAUUUUUGAUGAAAUGAGGGAAACGUGUGUAGUACCAAACUACAUCACAUUCAUUUGUGUUCUUUAUGCAUGUAGUCAAGGUGGGUUUGUUGAUGAAGGGUGGAAGUAUUUUUUCUCCAUGGAUAAAGAUUAUGGAAUCAUUCCUGGAGAAGAUCACUACAUUUGUAUGGUGAGUAUCCUAGGACGGGCUGGACUUAUCAAAGAAGCUAAGGAGUUAAUCUUAAGAAUGCCAUUUCAACCUGGUGCGCGGGUUUGGCAAACAUUGCUCAGUGCUUGUCAGGUUCACGGGGAUGUAGAAAUUGGGAAACUUGCAGCAGAACAUGCCAUAAAACAUGACAAAAAUGACCCAUCAUCCUAUGUAUUAUUGUCCAACAUGUUGGCUGAAUCGAGCAAUUGGGAUGGGGUGGUGAGUCUGAGAGAGCUAAUGGAGAUAAGGAAUGUAAAGAAAAUACCAGGAUCUAGUUGGAUUGAUGUUGAAAAUAUUUAAAUAUCAGAAAAAUAUGGUUGAUGGAGAAGUUGUUUAGAGUAUUCUCUCUCUUCCCUUCCGGUGUUUGAAAUAUGUCCACUUAGUUUAUAUAUAGAGUGCGAUAUAUAAAAUUUAUAAAUAUACAUGCUUCUGCCUCCGAAAGUAGUACGUGCAUUGCACAAAUAUGAACUCAUUUUUGUUAGGAUGCUUUCACCUUUUGGAUGUUAUUUUGUCCAUCUUAGUUUUUAUUAUCUGUAUCUUAAGAAUCUCAUCAUUCUUUGAUUGAUAGCUAGGUUGAAAUAGGUUAGGUCAGACUAGACAUUCUAAUAUUCAAGUCUGGUAUGCAUUUUAAGAGUUAUAAGGACUUAUUUUCCAUGCGGUCAGAGAAAAAGUACACAAUCACGCAGUCAAGGGAUCUCAAUUGUUGGAUGAAGAUCAAACAACUUGUAUUCUGACCAAACCAAAUUGGAUUUAGAAUUCGUAAAGGAUUGCUGUCGAAGCUUUGCAUGAAUGUGAGUAUUCGAAGAAAGAAGGUUGGGUUCAAAUUUUGUAAUUUAUCUGUUUAAAGUUAUUUGAUUUAAUUAUUUUAUUU